UGCCACAAAAAGAUGCUGCUCAUCUUGACCCUUUCCUAUUUAUUUUUUCUUCUUAGUCCUCAGAAACAUAUAUCGCAGCAUUGGGUAUGGAGAUCGAAAGCAGUAGUCAGCAAUCUCUCCAUCUUCCGGAAGAAAUCAUUGGAGAAAUACUGUCAAGACUGCCGGUGAAAUCACUGUUGAGAUUCAGGUGCGUUUCGAAAUCAUGGGGCUCUUUAAUUGGCAGCGAAAGAUUAAUAAAAAAACACCACCAAAAUUCGAUGAAAAACCCAUCUUUCCUCCAACAAAGGUUCAUUGUAGAGACGGAUUCGGUUGAAUGGCCUCAGCAAUGUUCUCUGCUGUCGGUUUUGAGCGGACCGAUAAAUACUAUCCCUUUUUCUCCUUUAGCUUAUCCAACGAAUAACGCAUUGCCGAUGGGAUAUCACUUUGCUUAUCCAAGGAAUACUACAUUGUCGAUCGGAUAUGAAAUUGUGGGGAGCUGUAAUGGGCUUCUCUGCAUUGUCGAUGAUGAAAAUAUAUUUCACUUGUGGAACCCAUCCACUAGAAUAAUCUCCAAGAAACUGCCAGAAAUUUCACUUGUUAAUUAUCUCGACGAUUUUGAUAAUUUCGGGUUCGGUUGGGUUGAAUCGAGUGAUGAGUACAAGGUGUUUGUGAAUGUGGUUAAAUCUGACUCCAGCGUCGGUGAAAUUUAUAGUACAAGGACAAAAUCAUGGAAAACAAUUGAUCUCUGCCCAUAUUUCCUUCCAUUUAGGAAGGGGGGAGUGUUUGCAGGUGGGAAGCUUUACUGGAUGUAUGAAGAUGAUAAAGUUAUUAUUUUCUUGGACUUGAAGAGUGAGGAGUUUGGAAGGAUUGAGAUUCCCUUUGAUCAAGAGAUGUAUGGAGAGUUUGAACAAGAUAAUUACGGCAUUGUGGGUGUGCUUGGUGGUUUCGUUUGUGUGCUAUGUUUUAAUUAUCAAAUUAGAGGCUAUCGAGUUUGGGUUAUGAAAGAGUCUUGGGAGAAAGUGUUGACUCUUUCUCAUCUUCUCGAGCUUCUUCAACCACCAUUGGUGAAAGGUCUAAAUGGAGACAUUUUGGUAAAUUGUGGAUCCACUGUGGUGGUCUAUGAUUGUCGGGAUAAUGUGUUCCGCGACCUCAAGUAUUGUUCUUGUUGUGAGGAUACUGGGUUCAGCAGCCACGAGGAUUGUGUCGAUUCAAUUUCACAUGAUGUCUAUGUUGAAAGUUUAGUCUCGCCGGAAGAUUUUUGAAACAAGUCUUAGAACAUGAUUGUGAGUGGUUUCAUAGCUUUUUUGAUGAUAGGUGUUUUAUUUCGAUGCUUUAUAUAUAUAAAUAUAUAUUUUGAUCUUGUAGAUCCUAGUAUUUAUUUAUAAUGUUAAAUACAAAUAUUUAUUUAUGAAUUGUGUUAGAUAUUUGUAAAUAAACCAUAAGAAAUCCAGAAUAUUAUUCAUGGUUUAUCUGAGUAGAACAUGCUUGUUAUAUAUAGUUAAUAUUCUGGAUUUCUUAUGGUUUAUCAUAGAAUGUGUUUCCUUUGGAGUUUUACACUCGUGCAUUUGAAUAAUAUAUUCCAAAUAGAACAUGCUUGCUAUAGUAAAUGUCAUAAAGUAAAUGAUUGAUGAAAUUAGAUACUUGUAUUCUUGUUUGUUUUCAUUAACUUGAGUUUCAUAUGUAUCUAUUGCCUACUUUUGAAUACUUUUUAUUUUAUGGAAAAGUUAUUGUAUCCAAUGUUUAUUUUGAUAGGAGAAGAGGGGAAAGGAUUGUGGGGCAGAUAGAUUCUCGUAGUAUGUAGUUCAAUUUUGAAUAUAGAAUUGCACUAUUCCAACUUUUAUUAGCUUCCCAAAGUUU